UCAAGAUUAGAAAGGAAAUUGUUCAAUGGAAAUCCGAAUAUUUGGCGACUUUUGACUGCUAGAGUAAAAAAUUAAUCAGCUUAAUCCUCGUGGAUAUGGCAUCCGGUCAAUCGGACGAACGACUCAACGGGGUUGAUGUUUUUAGCUGAAGAUUUUCCCAACACUACAGACUCAAUUGAACAAUCGCCGCAUUUCCGAUGAUUCGUCGCCAUGCCUCCAUGUCUGAGACUGUUCUAAGGAAAUCAAGCGAUAGAAUGAUGCCGACGAUUUCGAAACUAGGUUUCUUCGGUCCAGACUUUGGUAUCUCCAAACCACAUGUUCGAGAUGGGGUUCUUUUCCCCUGGUGUAUCCAAGAACAAAUUCUUGGGGAUAUGGCACACAUGCACGCCCGACGUGGUUGUUUGGGUUGCAAACAGAAACGAUCCCAUCAGAGAUCCAGAAGGUCUCCACUUGACCAUACUUGGACAUGGAGCUCUUGCUAUAGCUAACGCUCGGGGGAUUAUAUGGUCAACAAGUUCUUUUGGAUUGGUGUCCUUUCCAAUUUUACAACUCCUGGAUACUGGAAACCUGGUUCUUGUGGAAAAGACAAAGGAGAGCUUUAUACAGUUGUGGCAGAGUUUUGAUUUUCCAACGGACACAUUAUUGCCAGGAAUGAAGUUGGUUUACAAUCCUGAUGUUGGUAAGGAGAAGAAUUUAACAUCAUGGAGAAGUUCAGAUGAUCCUUCCCCUGGCGAUUUCUGUCUUAGGCUAACCAACAAGGGCUUGGCCGAUUCGGUAAUUUUCAAGGGGUCACAGAUAGUGCAUCGAACUGGAGCAUGGAAUGGGCAUUAUUUUAGUGGAACACCACCAUUUCCCAAUCCAAUUUACAAACCAGAAAUAGUUUUCGAAGAAGGAAAAUUGAUAUCAUUUUCAAUUCCAUAUGAGACCACAAAUCCCCAAAGAGUAGUACUUGAUAAAUCAGGUUCAUCCAGUCAUUUCCUUCUGAAUUCUGGAAAAAAUAAGUGGAAUCCUACCUAUGCAAAUCCACUAGAUUCAUGUGAUGAAUAUGGGAAGUGUGGUCCUUUCGGGGUAUGCACAUUUGGGGUUACAAUAAAAUGCCAGUGUUUGAUGGGAUACACCCCAAAGUUUCCAGAAGAUUGGGACCUUCAAGAUUGGUCUGGAGGAUGUACUCGAGCAUCACCAUUAGAUUGCCAGAUUGAAGAUCAUGAUUUUUUUGAGGUUACAGGAAUAAAGUAUCCUGAUACAUUACAGGUCCGGUUAAACAAGAGCAUGAGCCUUAAAGAAUGCAAAACGGCGUGCUUAAGAGACUGCAGUUGUGUAGCAUAUACUAAUCCAUACAUAACUGAAGGAAGCACUGGCUGCUUGAUCUGGUUUGGAGAACUCAUUGAUACUAGAUACCUUUCUACACCAAAUAACAAGCAAAAAAUGUACAUACGGCUGCGGAAAUCAGAAUUAGAUUCUCUCACUGCCAUACAGAAGGAGGCGAAGGAGAAGAGCUGGUCAAUCAUGAUACUAGUGAUAGGAAUUGUUUCUGGAGUUACUGUCUCAUCUUUUGUUAACAUAGGUAUUCAAUAUAUGUCAAGACAAUCAAGGAAAGAAAAAACUGUGGAGGAUGUGGAGUUACCUUUAUAUAAGUUUUCGACGAUAAUGACAGCAACCAACAACUUCUCCACAGAUAAUAUUAUUGGGGAAGGUGGUUUUGGCCCUGUUUAUAAGGGCAUGUUAUCUGCUGAAGUAGAAGUAGCCAUCAAAAGAUUGUCAAGAAAUUCCGAGCAGGGUUUUGCAGAGUUCAAGAAUGAAGUUACCUUGAUUGCUAAACUUCAGCACAGAAACCUUGUUAGGCUUCUCGGCUGUUGCAUCGAAAAAGAUGAAAAGAUACUAAUUUACGAAUUACUACCAAACAAAAGCUUGAAUACCUUUGUUUUUGAUCGAAAUCGAAGGACACAUUUGACAUGGCCUAAGCGGUUCAACAUUAUCAUGGGAAUCGCGAGAGGAUUGCUAUAUCUCCAUCAUGAUUCUAGAUUAAAAAUUAUACACCGCGAUCUCAAAACAAGCAACAUUUUGCUAGAUGGGAAUCUAAAUCCAAAAAUUUCAGACUUUGGCAUGGCAAGGCCUUUCGAAGAAGAUGAAGCUACUGCAAGAACUAGAAAAGUUGUCGGCUCAUACGGCUAUAUGUCUCCAGAAUAUGCAGUUGCUGGAAAAUUCUCCGUGAAGUCCGACAUCUUUAGCCUUGGUGUCAUAUUGCUCGAGACAUUGAGUGGGAAAAAAAACCGCGGCUAUGCCAAUUGCCAUCAGCACUACGGUCUUUUGGCACGGGCUUGGUUGCUGUGGAAAGAAAACAAGACUUUGGAGCUGUUGGAUGAAUGUCUAACGGACACAUUCAUCGAAUCUCAAGUGAAGCGGUGCAUACAAAUCGGGUUGCUGUGUGUACAACGGUACGCAGAGGAUAGACCCGACAUGAUAUCUGUGUAUUCCAUGUUGGCUACUGAUGAAGGACUGUUGCCUGAACCGAAGGAGCCCGGAUUUUUUAUCGACGCGGGUUCGGAUGUUGUGAGAAGUUACACCUCAACUAGUGGAGAAUGUGAGAAUGGAACAAUGAGCAUGACUGAUCUAGAGGCCAGAUGAAGAAGAUGCCAUUGCUGAGAUAAUGCUUUUGCUCAGGUGUGUAUGUACAUUGUAGAUUCAUAGAGUGUUCUUCUUCUUAUCCCCACUCCCUCUUAAUUUUCAAGCAGCUAAUUUUAAUCCAAUCCAAUGUAUUAGUUGGUUGAGUUUCGUAUAUAAAUAAAUAAAUUAAUGAUACGUAUCUGUGUAGGUGAGACGUGAUUUAAAUAAUUAACAUGA